AAUUACUGCAUUUGUCUGCAGGAGAAAGGACUCAUGGUUUUUCUCAGUUAUCUUCCUUAAAGACACACACAGAUAGCCAUAAAGCUCACAUGGCACUGAUCUGAGGCCAGGGGCUCACGGUUUUGUGAGAAUUAGGCCAGUGUACGGCCACUUCUUUCACUGAAUGCCAGUCCCAGAGCAGUUGCGUUAGGCUGGAGGACUGGAGGUGGAGCCUUUUUUGCUCACCGCAGCGAGUAGCUUCUCUCUCUCCCCUGGAGGCGUGUGCACUGGCUCUUCAAGCUUGUGUGCUGCUCCGUGGAGUGCAAUAGGCAGGGUGUGCUCGCAGCCCGUGCUAUAAACUGCAGUUUCUAUUUGGGGUGCUCUCGGAGAGGAACACCAGGAAAGACAGACAGUACCACUGCCAUGGGCCAGCUUUGCUGCUUCCCUUUCUCAAGAGAUGAGGAAAAAAUCAGUGAGUUGGAAAGCUCGUCCUCUGCAGUGCUACAGAGAUACAGCAAGGACGUACCCAAUUGGCCAAGUGGUGAAAAGAACGGAGGGGAGCCCGAUGAUGCGGAACUGGUAAGGCUCAGUAAGAGGCUGGUGGAGAACGCAGUGCUCAAGGCUGUCCAGCAGUAUCUGGAUGAGACACAGAAUAAAAACAAGCCAGGGGAGGGGAGCUCUGUGAAAACCGAAGAGGCUGAUCGGAAUGGCAAUGACAGCGAGAACGACAGGAAAUGAAGCCCCAACGCAGGUUCCUGCUGCUCCAAGAAAAGCAUCCCUGCUCCCCUCUGCUGAGUCUAGAGACUGACUAGCCAUUUGCCGUUUAAGUUUCUCUUGUCCAGUCCAUGGAGAUUGCCUAAUAUUUUGUGAUCGAUGUGUUUGCAUUUCCAAAACACGACAGAAGAGGAAUGGAGUGCUGGGACUGGCAGAGAAAAUGACUUUAUGAAAGAGGAAUGUCCCAAGUUUCACUUCCCCUCCACCAGGCACGAGGGAGAGGGGACUUGGGUUAUGCCUCCUGGACACUAAGGCCAUGGAAGAGGCCUUGCCAUAAACAGAAUACUGCCAUUUAUAUUGACUAGCAGGGCAUUUGACUACUUUAUCUGAGGCCAAAACUCUCACAUACAGCUAUCAAGUGCUAAGUUUAAAAUAAUCACUGUUGAAAUCAUCUGUACUAGUCCAUGUUUCAUGUUUUCCUAAAUGUGCUAUUGCUAUGCAGUGAUCUUUAUUUAUAGUAAAUUAUGUCUCAUGUAAAUGAUAUAUUUUUGGUGAAAUGCAACCUUUUCUAUAAAAUGUGAGCAACGUUUUCAAGGUUUUUUUAACCUUGAUAUGUCAGUGUGCCGUAUUUAAUGUCUUUCAUUGGCAUUUGUACUUUAAAUUAUAUAAUUUUUUUUUCUUAGGCAAGAAACCUAUUGGAAUUCAAGACUUAAUUAAUGAAGCACUGCGUCAAGAAAGGAUGGGUCUGAAGUCCAAAGUGAAAGAGAUAAAGGAACUUUUAUUAAAGCCUGAGACUCAGAACAAAAUUAGGAAGGAGCUUUUUGAAGGAAGACUCAUUAGCAACAGUAAUCAGGCAAAUCAUGUGGAUUUUGGUAUGACUUUGACAUAAGCUCUACAUUGCUAUUAUGGCAACAUAGUUUGUGAAAUCUUUUCAGCUUAUUAAAUAACUCUUUGGUAAAUACCAAAGAAGUGUCCCGGCAGUGUCUGCACAACAGCAAACCAACAUUUGGUAAGGAAUUAAUUUCUUGCCAAAGAAAACUGGUUCAGCCCUAUUACUUUUUGAGCAAAACUUGUGUUUUAGAAUGUCUGUUUCUGUUAUAUUGAUGAUUGCUUCAUAGAAAUGACUUCUUAAUUAGCUGUUGUGAGAUGUUUCUCGGGUCCUUGCAGAUAAAAAUAUAGACUGUGAAAAAAAAUCAUUUACAGACAAAAAACUAAGCCAACAACAGUAUUUUAAGGGUCACUUGCCUCCUGUUAACAUGAUUGUUGUUAAAUCAACAGAAGCACUGUUCAGGCCCGUCUACAUCUAGUGUUACUUUUAAUGAGAAUUUGAAUGUUUAUUGAAUAUUAGUACUUGAAUGAACAUUUAUAAAUGUAAUUAUUGUAAUCACUGGUUAGGAACGUUUUAUAAUAUCCAUAUAUUAUUUUUCACAGAUCAAAACAUAGUUUGCUUUUUCAUUUCUUAAUGAAUAAAUGUUUGGGAUUUUUAUUUUCUACUUUUUUGAAGAUAAGCUCCAGGUUUUAUCAUAUCCCUUGUAAUCUGAAUUUGUUUGCACUGGUUUAUUUUUAAAGAGCACUCUUGAAAAAUUUCCCCAAAUAUGAUUAUUGUUAACAGCUUUUUCUAUAGUCAUUGUAAAAUUGCUGCUACCAAUAGAUCAUGAUGGAGGGGGAAGUUAUUGGAGAUCAAAUAGGUAAUCAUUUCAAAUAUAAAAUCCAGUUUACUCAUGGAUUUUAGCUAUUUUUUCACUGGGUAAAUUAUACUGCAUUUAUUUAUAAAUGAGUUUAUGCAUUUUCAUGCCUCUUAAUAAAUGUAUUGUUUUCCCUUGUU